GAGAGACAGAGCCCAGAGAAAAGUGCCAUUUGAAAGAGUAAAAGUCAAUACCCUGGGCAAUCUGAGCUAACGGCGGAUACGUGGCACUGUGGCACCGUCCAGGCAUUCCUCUCGAAACGUUGAGGAUUUAAAACCAAUUCAAAGUGAAUGUUUUCUGUGCUAUGGAUAAGAAGAGAUCAACAUAGAAGAUAACAGGAGAGAAGCAAAAAAAAAAAAAAAAAAAUCUGUAAACGAGGGAGAAGAAAGAAGGAGGAGAACAAGUGAAAAAAAGUAUCCGGUUGGAGAGAUAGAGCGGCGUUGCAGGUGAAUGAGAAUGACUGAAAGUGUAAUGAUUUAUGACUAACUAUAUGAGAAAGUAUUUUAAUUACAUUUAUUUGUUUGAAAUUAUUCUUCUCUCAUGUACCUUUAAGACUGAAAUUAGACCAUAGUAACCUCUGAUAAUUGUAUUUUGAACAGUGUGGGUUCUUAAUGAAUAAUCUUGAAGUCUUUUGAUAAUCUUGAUGAUAACGUACUACCCUCUCUGAUGUCACUUAUAAGCAUUCAGAGUGUCUCCAGAAUAUGUGCAAGGAAAAGGGUGGGCGCUUUAUAUUGGUCUUAGCUAUUGUGGGAUGUGAUCAAACUAAUAUCAGCCUACUGUACUGAGAGAAGAUAUAUUAGAUAGCAUUGUAUUUCUUGAAGCUGAAGUUUAUAUUACCAAAAUGAGUUCUGAGAAUCUGCAUGGGGAUGGAACAGGUGUGGAUAAGAAUAAAGGUGAGAGAGAAUUUAUGGUACAAAUGGAUGCAUUGCGUAAUGAAGUGACGAAAAUAAAUGCAAAUCUAAACACUCUGUUCGCUACUGUAGCAGAACUUAGAGACGAAAUGUCUGUGGAAAAGGGCAAGAGAGUGGAGUUUGAAGAUAAGUAUCAGUAUCUAUUGUCAGAAAUGACUGCCUUGAGGAUAGGUUUUUGGUCAGAAUCAGACCCGCUCGUCCCUUCUCCUCCUGCCAGACACGAGCGAACCGUUCCUCAGACUACAGUUACUCAGUCUUCUCAAAGCAUUCCACUUGUUACACAUUCCAGUACUCUAAGAAGUAAGGGUAACCAAAUAUUGAAUGUUAAACAUCCAAGUGGAUAUAUUAAUUUGCAUACAAGACAGGCAAAACAGUACCAGCACAUUGCCUCAAGCAAAACGGAAGAUCUGCAAACUUUCGUGGACGCUGAAUCAGAAAGUCUCCCAGAGGAUGAAAAAUUUGGACCAAGUGCCAUAGAAGCCUACAUAGAAUUAUGUAGCAGAAGUUACUCAUUGGAUGAAGACCCUUAUGAGUUUGUAAAUAAAUUUCGGGCUAGAUUUAGAGCAAUAGCUAGAGCAUUUCCUCACGAACAAAGACCUAAGGAGGAAGAAACGUGGAAGAGAGUGAUGAUGGAAAAUUUGCCAGAAUCCAUCAAGUCUCGGCUACAGAUCUGUACUAUUGACGGAAUGGGAGCAGCAUUCUUGUCGGAGUUAGGGAAGGAACGUAGUUACUUGCGCUCACAGGUGAACAGAGCAGACGUAAGAGAGACGUUCAAACCCGAGGGUAUAGCUGUAAGUUAUCCUUGUGGUUGGUGUCAAAAUGGGAGCAGACAUAUACGUAGCAAAUGCCCGCGAAAUCCUGCCGCUAGGAGUUGUUUCGACUGCCUAGCACAAGGGAAAAGAAAGGGCCAUUCUGGAUGCCCCGGGAAGACUGAUACGAGAUAGGUCAUCGACUUCAUAGUAAGAAAAGAGCUGGAUAUCAGAAAACAGACCCAAACAGUAAAAUUAAAGGAAACAUCAGUCAGGUCAGAAAAAUUUACACGCCCGAUGCAAUGAUUUUAGCUAAUGAUAAUCAAGUUUCAGCUUUUGUCGACACAGGCUCCUCAGUAACACUAAUGCAGUAUAGUGUGCUCUAAACACUAGAGUUAGAAAGUUCGACCAAUCAGCAAAGUCCUCCACUCAGUGACCGACACAUUACUCAAAGUCCGAGGUGAAAUUCAGGUUCAGAUAUCAGUAUCCCCGAAUGUCUCCAUUUAGCAAAAAAUUGAUAAUAAUUCCUGGUGAGUAUCUAACCAGAAAUGCUUUGAUGGGAGUUGAUAUAACGGUCUCAAAUAACGGUUGCUGCGUGGCAGACGAACAAGGGAAUUUGACAGGCCGAUUUGAAAGAAGAAAGGAGGAUGAGUGAGGAAUGGUGUCAGGAUGGAAUACACUUGGAAAGUUUGAUUGACAUUGCAGGUGAUUGUGAAUUACUGAAAGUGUAAUGAUUCAUGACUUAAUGUAUCACGAAGUAUUUUGAUGACAUUUAUUUGUUUGAUAUUACCCUUCUCUCAAGUACUUCUAAGACUGAUAUUAGAUCAUAGUAACCUCUGAUUAAUUUUCAUAAACAGUUUAGGUUUCUAAUGAAUAACUAUGAAGUCUUUUGAGAAUCCACACCUGAUGAUAACGUAGUGCUCUCUCUGGAAGAAGUCAGAGUGUUCUCAGAGUUGGGGGAACAUUAACUUUGUAUGUGUGGAAAGGGACGGGUGCCAUUGAUAUAUCCACAGAACCGCUAGACUGGACUUUAAAAACACUAGCCGUAAUGUAAUGAGCACAAGGGAAUGUGAAGUUAGAAUAACCCAAAAAUUUGUCUAGAAACCACUCUUUGUAUACCUCAUUUGGUCUUUAUGCAUAUGUGAUUAAUGAUGUAUACCUCAGCUUUAGUCUUUAGCUAUGUAAGAUGAAAGUACUUAAUUAUUUUUCUAGAAAGAUGAUACUUUUUUGUUAUCCGCACCAUACAUUCUCUUUAUUUAUAUUUCUCUGGUACUGUUAUAUUAAGGUUGUAUAAUUGAUAUUUUGAUAAAGAAAGCAAUAUGUAUUAUUUUUGUUAUUGGAAAGAUUAAUUUAAGUUUUGGAAUUAUGCAUGUAUAGAUUAAGAAGAACUAUAUACUUAUACUAUAUGUGAUCUGAGUAGACAUUAAAUUUUACAGUGCUAAAUCCUGAUACUAUAACUAUAACCAUAGGGAGAGAGAGAGAGAGAGAUCAGAGAGGGGUGCCAUACAACAGAAAGUGUAUUAGAUUAUCGUGAAAUAUUCGAAGUAAGAAAGAACAUUCAGCUGUAAUUAUAUCAUUAAUAAAAUCCUAAAAUACAAUAAAUCUGAUUUGCAGAACAAAAGAAAAGUAAUUAUUUGAGAUC